UGCGCAGGAGCCGAUGAGCGAGAAGGACAGGCGCGAGAAGGAGUUCUGGGAGGCCCUCGAGCAGGAUGGGUACACGUUCGGGGCCAGAGGCGCCGCGGGCAACCCAGCGGCAGGGAGGUACUCCGAGCGCGGCGUCGGGCUCAAGGGCAGGGGGCUCUGGGCGAAGCAGGAGCAGUUCAGGGCGGAGUGGGCCAAGGGGGAGCACACGUCGUUCAAGGAGACGAAGGAGCUCACCACGACCAUGCGGAAGGAGUGGGAGAAGAAGGGUCAAUACCUUCCAUUGGCCCGCAUAGCCUGGAAGGAGGGCGGCGGCAAAAGUGGUUGGGCCGCCGCGGUGAAACAUUACGCGAAGUGCAUCGCCAUGGGAGGGCCGUUCAUCCUGUACGAUGGGUCCACGAAGAACCUCAAGGUGCUCUACACGAUCCAGACCUACACCGAGCACUUCUCGGAGGCGUGGGGCCGCCACCAGCAGUGGGCCCGCGCUGCAUCGACGGCGACGGCGGCUGGAUCGGGCAGCGCGGCGGCGGCGACGGCAGAUGGCCCCGAGGCGAAGAAGAUCAAGACGGACAUCGAGGCGCCUGCAUCUGACCAGGCGGCAGCUGCUGCGACCUCCGCGGGCUCAGGAUCCACAGCCGCGGUGGCCAGCGCCAAGAAGAAGGCCAACAAGAGGGGCGCCGACGAAGCUGGAGGGCCACCUGAGAAGAAGGAGAAGAAGGCGAACCCGCUGCUCGAGUACAUGAAGCCCGCCAAAGACAUCAUUGCCCUGUGCAUGUCCGUGAUGGUGCAGGCGCACACGAUUUUGUCCGACAUCGAGUGCGACGAGUCCUGGAAAUUCGCGAAGGAUGACCCGUCCCGCACCAAGGAUCUGAAGCAGGCCCAGAAGCACGUCCUGGAUGAGAUUAACAAGGUCCCGAACCUCAGAGACCUCCUCUCCCGAGACAUGGCCGAGGUCAGGAAGGCAUUGGACGAAGACGCGAUGAAGGCCGUCCUCAUUGGCUCCGUGAAUCUCGCCAAGCCCCUGGAGAAGCUGCGCCGCCAGAACAAGACUCUCCUUGGGGACCGCGACACGAGGGCCAACCUGGACGGCAGCGACUAG